GCUGUAGCCCUCUACCCUCCCCUAAAAGCGAGGCCAGAAAACAGAGCCACCUCUUCUAGGAGACGAGGGGUGUUCGCGAGAGAAAAGAGCAGCUUAGCGGGACAGAGGGGAGGUGGGUGGAGCUGACGCUUGAGACAGUCGGUUCCAGGUCCGGCCACUCUGUUCCAGAACGCAGCCUGCUGGAGGCACCUCUAGCCUUUCGUAUGCAAACGAAGAGGUUUCCCCCGGCUGGGCGGGGCUGAGCCUCUGCCGCCAGGGAUUCGGCUCCUGGGGGCUUCCAAGCUUCAGAUGCGAGCGAGCGGUGGGAAAGCUGCCGAACUCCAGCGGGUCCCGGAGGAUGGACCAGACUCGGACGCACUGGAGACCCACGCCUUGAGAACUGGGGAGCGCGAGCCCGCAUCUGUGCCGGAGAAGCCGGCGAAUCCGGAGGAGCCAGGUCCGCCUCUCGCGCCUGGCCUUUCAGAACUGUGGUCACUUCUCAGUCUCCCGUGAUAAUUCUUCCUGCCUGGAACUGAAAAUAAUGAACCUAUGCGUGAAAGUUUUCGCUUUCACUGCGCUCAGCGUGGUGGGGUUUGUGGUUUUUUAUCACAGCCAGCUAAGCCUCCCCAACCUCUACCAGCCGCUCAACAGCUCCAGCGACAGGACGUCUGUCAUCGCCUGUGAUUACGGCUUGCAAAAUCAUACGUUUUUCUUGACGGGGAACACUUCACCACCUCCUUUAGAAAGAGUCUCCUGUCCUCAGUACCUGAUCCAGAGCCACUAUAUUACCAGUCCCUUGUCUGAAGAAGAGGCUGGCUUUCCCCUGGCCUACAUCAUGGUAAUCCACAAAGACUUUAACACCUUUGAAAGGCUCUUCAGGGCCAUUUACAUGCCCCAGAACGUCUACUGUGUGCACGUGGAUAGUAAGGCGACAGAGACCUUCAAAGAAGCAGUGCGGCAGUUACUAAGCUGUUUCCCCAAUGCUUUCCUGGCCUCUAAGGUGGAGCGGGUGGUCUACGGUGGCUUCUCCCGGCUCCAGGCUGAUCUGAACUGCAUGAAAGAUCUGGUAGCCUCCAAGGUCCCUUGGAAAUACGUCCUCAACACCUGCGGGCAGGACUUCCCUUUGAAAACCAACAAGGAAAUAGUUAACCAUCUGAAAAGAUUUAAGGGGAAAAACAUCACUCCGGGGGUGCUGCCUCCCGAGCACGCAGUUGUACGGACUAAAUAUGUCCACCUAGAGCGGAAAGGCAAAAGCGGAUAUUUUAUGCAAAAAACAAAUACUUUGAAGACUCCACCGCCACACCAACUGAUCAUCUACUUCGGCACUGCCUACGUGGCCCUCACCUGGGACUUUGUCAACUUUAUCCUGAAUGACGAAAGGGCCAUUGGUCUCCUAGAGUGGUCUAAAGAUACCUAUAGCCCCGAUGAACAUUUUUGGGUGACACUCAAUAGGAUUCCAGGAGUCCCUGGCGCCAUGCCCAAUGCAUCCUGGACGGGUAACCUCAGAGCUGUGAAGUGGAUGGACAUGGAAGCUAAACACGGAGGCUGCCACGGUCACUACGUACAUGACAUUUGCAUCUAUGGAAACGGAGACUUGCAGUGGCUAAUUAAUUCGCAAAGCCUGUUUGCUAACAAGUUUGAACUCAACAGAUACCCUCUUACUGUGGAAUGCCUGGAACUGAGGCUUCGCGAAAGAACGCUCAACCAGAGCGAAAUCGCCAUACAGCCCAGCUGGUAUUUCUGAUCGGCAGCAGCUCUGGCCUGGACGGAAAUUGAAGAUGCAAAGACGAAUCUUCUUUUCCAAGAGACUCUUGUCUUGGCUAUGCUGAAGGCUUUUUCGAAAAGAUGGUUUCAGGAAACCGUCAGGACGCUGCUCUGCUUGCAAUGUCCACUGAGCACUGAUACAUUUGACAUUUGACAGGAUGGCCAUUUAUUUGAAUGUAUUCUUUUCUCACCAAUGCCCCCCCCUUACUCCUCCUCCUCUUUUCCAUUCUUUUUUAAAAGAUAGGUAGGGUCUUGCUAUAGAUCCCUGGCAAGCCUGCUUCUUGUCAGGUAGCCCAGGAUAGCCUUGAACUCUAAUCAGUCCUCCCACCUUGGCCUCCUAAGGGCUGCUAAUACAAGUGUGGACAACCACACCUGACUCUGACAUCUGGCGGUCACUUGACCCUCAUCUGCAUCUCUGUCUGCUAGGUGGUCGGUGACAAAUUCAAAUGCAUCAGAUCUCUGUGCCAGAUACUCAUAUUAGUAUAUCCUGUUAGAAAGGAGAAUGGUGGACAAUACUGCCUGAGAAAAAGCAAAACUUAUUUGAGAAGGAAGCUCUUUCCAAAUUCCCAGCAACUACAUUCUCAGGCACACAUAGGCACAGAGACAGCUUUCUAAAGAGCUGAGGAACUAUCUACCGUUCAGUGUCAGAAGUCUUUGACUGACAUUUGGGCAGAGCUAGGCUCCAUCUCCAGCACAGGUCUUGUGAACAACGACGUUUUCAGUUUACUUGAGUCUGAAGCUCUGCCGACAGUACAAAGCCAUUAACAAGCUACCAACAGCAUGUGCCCAAAAGACAGGAGGUGGCUUCAGGAAGAGGACCUCAGGGAUGCCGGACAUUUCCGUGUUCUAUUCCAGAAUGUUCUCUUUUUUCCAGAGAACACUGGAACAUCCUCACAGGAAUGAAGGAAUUUUUUCUUUCCCACAGGAAAGGUGCUACUGUGUGGGUCUGGGACCUGUGAAUGACUCGCUUCUGGGGUUUCAUUUCUAUAUGAGAGAUGGGGACCUGGUUCUGUUGUACACAUCUUUAGCUUGCAAUGACUGGUGCUGACUGGAGCACCUGGAUCCCUAAGAGGUUUUCAUGACAGGUGGACCUCUGUGUCAAUAUUCCUGUUCCCUCAUUCAUCCAUCCAUCCAUUCAUUCAUUCAUUCAUUCAUCCAUUCAUCAGCCUGCAUUCAGCAAACGCCUCUUGAGUGCCUGUGAUCCUGCAGAUACACAUGAGGGAGGCAAGACAGACACUUUCUCUACUGUAAAACUCUGGGAAGUAGCUAACAGUCUUUGAGACCCUGCUAUAGAGCCUUACAAAAUGGCUACGCUUUGCACAUACCCUGGCCUGGCUAUAUUACAUCAGGCCUUAGAUAUCAGCAAUGUAUUCAUUAAUAGAUUAAUCCGGAGACAAGGAGGAAGGAGGAAACAAAAGCUAAAGCCUCUGGUGUCUCCAACCAACUCCUUCUUAUAUCGUUUUACUCAAAGGUCACACAAACAUGCGCGCCUCUCUCGUGGGUUCCAUGAGUGCCUGCGUCUUCCAGAUGAUGUAACAAAAGCCUUAGGAUGGUCCGUGAUCACCAGGAAGCAAAUUCUAAGAAUUCAGGUUGUCUUUCUGAUUCUCUCAUUUCUUAGGGAUAUGGGGAGAAGAUAAAAUAAAGCCAUGCUCAGUAUCUCCUGAGAAGGUGGAGUUUAAGAAUGGUCUCAGUGUUAUUAAUGAGGAAAGGUUCUGCCAUUCAGAAAAACAUGAGGUCAGGACUCAGUGGGUGGGGGUGCUUGCCGCCAAGCCUGACGACCUGAGUUCAAUUCCUGGGUCCCACGUGAUGGAGGAAGAGAGUCCACAGCCACGAGGAACUCUCCAACCUCCACAUGCGUGUCCUUGCACCUGGGUACCACCCCCACCAUAUACACACACAUGUAGUUUUUAAAAUGUGAUUUUCUUUACUAGUGCUUUUGCAUUUAGAAAUAUUUAUUUAUUCUAAUGGGAACCAAAACCCCACUUGCUUUAAAUGACAUCACUUACCACAGUUUCAUUCUUGUGCUGUAAUUGUACUUACUGAAUGUUACUCAUCUUUAAAGGGAAUCUCUUCAUGUAAAACCUCCUUGUCUCUUCUACUGAAAAAUAAAAUGGGCUUGUAUUGGGUUAUAAAGGGUUGAGAGGUAGGAAGCGCUUGGUCAAGGCGAAGUCUGAAACCAGUCUCUUUUUGAUUUGUUAUUUGGAUGAGAGCACCUGAAGACUGACGUUUUACACUGGAUCGAGAUCUCAUGGAAAAUGAGACAUUCUUUUUCUGGAGAAGUUUACAUGCCCACUGUUGGUCACCUCUUUACUGUAAAUACUAUUAGGAAGACAGUAGUAUUUGCACUAGUGAGCUAUCAGGGAUUGUACAUGUAUCUACUGUGCCCACGUUGGUUUCUCGGAUGUCUUCUGUUUUUGUUUCUUUGGAAAUAAAUUAAUAUAUUGUUUUCCACCUUCA